ACAUUUUAUAUGAAAGAUAAACAAACAGUAUAAUUGCUUACUAUUGUCUAAUGCACCAAAUAGCACUAAAGGUGCAUUUUCUUUCAUAUUAUUCAUCACAUUUAUUCUUCCUCGGGAUUUGGAGUUUAUCAGUAUAGAUGUCGUCCCGUGCUUACUCCAGAAAUGCCAGCUUGCAGUGUUGAAGAAUUAAAUAUAGAGAUCCUCGAUGUAAAAUAAUAGGACUGUGAAGGCAGAUAGUUGUCCAGUGGGGCCCCCUCCCUUGUAAAUUCCUGAAUCAGCUUUCCACAAACUAAUAAUGUUCAGGCACACUGGAAUUUGAACCUUCUAGAAUUCUAGCCAGGUUGGCCAAAGAAUACAAGUUGGGAAGAUUGCUCAUUGUAACCCUGGUAUUGCAAACAUAAACAGUAAUAACUGGCAUGGUGAUAUUUCCAGCUACUGUGGGCAAUCUUCUAUUAUUUUGUCAGGUUGGUUACACCCCAUAACUACCAGCAUAGCAACCAAAAACUCCAAAUGAUACGACAGUUCUUUCCUACAAGGAAAUAUGAGUAGCCAGCACCUUUUGCAUACUGAUAAGUAUAACCCUUUGUAAAUAUCUGGAAAUACUUUUUAAGAUGACAGAUAUAGCAUUUUUCCACUGUCGUAACUGUGAAAUGGGGUUCCGCUCUAGGCGACUGCUAGAGAAGCACAUGGAAAAAUUCUGCAUUGGAAGAGAAAUGGCAAUGAAUAUAAAAUACCGGCACAGGCAAGCACAGCAUAAAGGGAAAGAGCCCAAGAAAACAGAAAUGGCAGACAGCAUGCUUCAUGUGUCGAAGCCAGAAAGAGACAAUUUCAGAUAUGUCAAGGGAAAUGGGGAACACGAGCAACAAGUCCAUAAUGUUAGAAGCUCCGAUGAUAAUGGAAGAGUUUCAGAUAACCAGGCCUUGAAAAAACUGACUGAAGAGUUCCACAAAUUGAGGAUAUCACUUGAAGGCACACAUCCAACAUUUCGGACAUUUCAGAAUGAAAACCAAACACCUCACCAGCAAGAACACUGUCAGCGUCAUAGGCAAAUAGUAGGUGCACAUGAGCGCCAGUUGGCUGAAAUCCAAGCUAGCAACCAACACCUGGAACAGCAAAAAGAUGAAAUUCGUACACGCCUGUCAGAGCUGAAAUUAGGGAACUCCUCUUCAUCUCAGAUAGAAGAGUUGUUGAUGGAGCUGAAUACCCAAGAAAAAAAGAACAAGUUGACUUUAAAUGCACUGAGGGAACAGGUGGAACUUCUGCAGGUAGCAACAGGGAACAGAAGCAAUCUGGAUUCUGCCACCAAUAGAAAGACAGAUGGCACUGUAAAUAAAAUGGACGAGAAUGCCAUCUUCAAGUCUAUGGUGUUUCCAGCAGCUAUUGGGCCCCUCUCUUCUGAGAUACAGAUGCUGUACCUGACUUACUUGCAGAGUGGAGGCAGUGACCAUCACAUUGUCCGUCAGAUGUAUGAACUGCAGCUGGAGGCCACAGCACUGGAAAAAAAUAGCACAAAGCCUAAACAAAGGGGUAGAAAGAAAAAAUAUGAAGAUGAUCUCAACUCAAAGACUUUGGACGCAGAACUCUUGUCAGUUGAGUUAGAGAAUCAACGUCUGGAAGAUGAGAUAUUGAAAAUGAAAAUUCUGAAGGACAGAAGGAGAAUGGAAAAUGGUUCUUUGGACUUAGAGCUGGACAACUUGCAACAAGUACAUAUGGCAGAAAUGGCUCAGCUACAUGCUGAGAUUGGUAGGCUGAGACACAAUAUUGAAAGGAGGAAAGUUCAGUGGCCUAGAAGACGAUCGCCACCCCUUCUUCCACCUCCUAUAGCACCACCUCUGCCACCUCCUCCUCCUCACCUUGGACUUCCUGAUCCCACCAUUCUGGCUAGAACUAUGGACCCCAUGAGAUCAUCUGCUACAGGAAUAAACCAGUACUUUCUGGAUCCCUCUGACACACUAGGACCAGCUCCAUAUGAUCCAGUAUCUGGUUUUGUAGUAUUCUAUGAUUUUCUUUUGGGGUUGGAUCCUAUGUUCUACCAUGUUCGCCUGGUCUCUGGUUUAUAUCGUAAUUGCCAGCAACUAGGGAAGUCCACACCUCUUCCUAUUGUCUCCUCUGAUAUGGGCCACUCUCCACAGUCUCUGAUGGACAGGCAAAGAGCAUGCUGUGCCAUCUUAGCAGCUAGACAGCCAGUCCCAAGAAUCCUACCUUCAACCUCCAUCAGCCUUGUAGCUGAGCUUCAGGCCUCUGGAGGUUUUGAUGUUUAUGGGCAGGAAAUCCAGAAUUUGUCCCCCAGAGGAUGGGCUAAAAUCAACAUUUUUGACCACCUGCACCAAGUGAUGAGUGGGCAUUGGAAAGUUCCUAUACGCGUGCUUCCUGUAAAGCCAGGUCUUACUGAAGAACAGUUGAAUGGUGUGCCUCAGGUUGGCAAAGCUGAGCUUUAUUUGCGGCUGGUGAAUGCAAGAGAUGCUGAUAUGCAAUCAAUGGCUGAUAUCCAGCCUGGCAGAGCUUCCUUAUAUAAAUAUCCUCCUACAGCGUCCAGUUCCACAGUGCCUCCCAUUGAUUUCUCUCCAACCCAGCAUUCUUUCCAUCCUGCUCCCACCAGCCUGUCCUUUUCUGCUUCUCCUUACACUGGUUUAGUUGACCCUCCUCCUAAUCAGGAACAGUCUGUCCAGCUUAAAUCUAAUGAAAGGUGAAAAAGGAGGAUUAACCCUUUUCUCCCUCCAAAAUUGUCUUUCCUUUCAACUUUAAAACAAAUCAGUAUAGAAACAUAGCUCCCUGACCCGUCUAUGGUUUAUUUAAAAAGCUGGUUAUAUAUAAAUUUUAAAAAUUAUUUCUAGUAAGACAUAUAUUUCACUUUGUAUUCAGCAGUUUGGCAACUAGUCAGUACACACCAAAAGUAAAUAAGCAUUAUUGACAUUUCAAAUCUUAAUGGCACGCCCAUUUCUUUGAGCUAAAAAUCAGGCAGUCUGGUAGUAUUUUUUUCAGAUUAACAAAAGGGCAUCAGUAUUUUUUUUUUCAGAUUAACAAAAGGGCAUCAGCCUCUAUGUGCCCCAGAGGCAUGUAUAACUUGAUGGAGGAUUUAAAUAGAGAUGUGAUGGAGAAGACAAGGUGAUGAUGCAAAUUGGGUGCUACACAUAUUACAAGCACCUUUCAAUUCAGUACUGUGCUAACAAACUACAUUGUUAAGAUCCUUCACCUCACUUUUUAUAUCUAACUAUCAAGCACUAAAUCCCAUCAAAUUAUGCGAAGCUCAGAAAAAUAGGCUGUAAUUAGCCCUGCUUUUUGAAGAGAUAAUUGCUGUAUAAAAUAUUUUAAAUUGUUAAGCAAAAUGUAUUAUUUUUUUUAAAAACGUCUCUCUAAUGUACUAGUGGAAAUUUAUUUAUUUAUUUGACUUAUCUGCUAACCGUCUCGUAUAAAGGCAACUCUGGGCAUCUUACAAACAAAUGUAAAUAAAUAAUCUCCUUAUCAAACAAUUGUUAUUGGAAAACUUGCCAUUUAAUAUCCAUAGCUAUGGUUAUGAUCAGUGACCAGUGCUAUAAAUUGUCCGACUGAAAAAAACACCAGUGACAUACAAACAAAAAAUAUAUAGCUGAUAAUUUAAAUAGAAGUUUCUAAUGUUAGCUCGUUUUAGAUUACUCUGAGUUUAGCUUGUUUGUUCUUUGCGAUUUACUCUUUAUUAUUGCUUUGGGGUUUGUUUUGCUAUGCCCAAUAGUUUUCCAAAUAAAUGCAGUGAUUAAUUGA